GGUUCCGUGCUCCCCAGUGACAGCAACGGCAGGAAGCAGGCGGGCGCGCUUCGGGCUCUGCUAUAAGGCCUCGUGUUCUCGGAGGAGAGAACACAGGACACUUCCCUACGUAACUGCCACCUCUAGGCCCGACUGUAUGCAUGGCGAAGUCCCCGGAGAACUCUACCCUGGAGGAGAUUCUGGGGCAAUAUCAACGGAGUCUCCGGGAACGUGCGAAUAGAAGCAUUCAUCAACUGAAAUGUGUCCUGAGAGAAGGUGAGGCCACUGUUGAGGAAGAUGUGCUGGAUCCUUCUUUUAGUGCCAGUGUAGGAAAUGAGGACACUCGGACUGCCUGGCAUGAACUGCAGCACAGCCAUGCCGUCAAUCAACUCAAAGCUUUGUUGCGCCAACAAGCAGCUAAAGAAGGUGAGGUAUCUCCCUCCAGAAGACAAAAAAUGUCCCCUUUGAGGUCAUCAGACCAUGAGGAAACCAGUGCACCUGCUGUACACAAUCUUGUUCCUAUCAUCAAUGACCAGUCUCAAUACAUUCAUCAUUUAGAGGCAGAAGUCAAGUUCUGCAAAGAGGAACUCUCUGGAAUGAAAAACCGGGUACAAGUUGUCGUGCUUGAAAAUGAAAGGCUCCAACAAGAGCUGAAAUCUCAAGGACAAGAAGGAGCAAUGAGGGAGCAAACACUUCUGGAUGCAUCUGGAAACAUGCAGAAUUCUUGGAUUACAACAGGUGAAGACUCUGGGGUGGAUGAAGCUGCCAAGAGACCACUUUCCCAUGGCAAUGCAGAUACUAUCAAAGCUGCAUCUGCUGAGGAGGGUGAUAAAUGGAAGCUCGAACUAGAGAGGCUAAAACUUACUUACCAAGAAAAGAGUGAAAUCCUGGAAUCCCAGUUGAAGUUUUUGAGGAAAGAGUUAGCUGACUCUCAGAAAAACUGUGAAGAUCUUAAAGAGCGACUAAAACACAAAGAGUCUCUUCUUGCUGCUAAUAUUUCUAACCGUGCUAGUGGUCUGUGUUUGAAAUGUGCUCAGCAUGAAGCUGUGCUUUCCCAAACCCAUAAUGAUGUCCACAAGCAGACUAUUGAAAGGCUGACGAAAGAAAGAGACGACUUAAUGUCUGCACUACUUUCCGUAAAGGGCAGCUUGCCAGAUGUGCAGCAGAGAGAAGCACGCGCUUAUGAGCAGGUGAAGCAAGCGGUGCAUAUGACUGAGGAAGCCCAUUUUGAAAAAACCAAGGCUUUAAUCCAGUGUGAGCAGUUGAAGAAUGAACUGGAGAGGCAGACAGAGCGACUUGAAAAAGAACUUGCAUCUCAGCAAGAAAAAAGAGCCUUUGAGAAAGAAAUAAUGAAGAAAGAAAUGACAAAAGAAAAGGAAGAAAUGGAAUCAAAGAUGUUGACCCUGUCUCAGAAUAUUGCCCAGCUGGAGGCCCAGGUGGAAAGGGUUACAAGGGAGAAGGUUUCAGUGACUCAUCAACUAGAGGAAAUUCAAAGCCAGCUCACUUCUCGGGAAAUGGAUAUCACAAAGGUGUGUGGGGAAAUGCGCUAUCAAUUGAAUAAAACCACAAUGGAGAAGGAGGAGGAAGAGAAGGAGCACAGAAAGUACAGGACAAAAACUAAAAUGGAACUCGACAUUAAAGACCAGGAAAUAGAGAAAUUGAAAUUAGAACUGAGUGAAAGCAAGCAGCGUUUGGAACAGGAGCUGCAGAAGGCAGCCCGGGCCAGAGAGGAGAGCCUGACACUGACAGAGCUGCUGGGUGAAUCUGAGCACCGACUACACCUCACCAGACUGGAAAAAGAUAGCAUUCAGCAGAGCUUUAGCAACGAAGCAAAGGCCCAAGCCCUUCAGGCCCAGCAAAGAGAGCAGGAGCUGACACAGAAGAUACAGCAAAUGGAGGCCCAGCAUGACAAGACGGAAAAUGAACAGUAUUCAUUGCUGACCUCCCAGAAUACAUUUUUGACAAAGUUAAAGGAAGAGUGCUGCACAUUAGCCAAGAAACUGGAACAGAUCUCUCAAAAAAGCAGAUCUGAAAUAGCUCAGCUCAGUCAAGAAAAAAGGUAUACGUAUGACAAACUGGAAAAGUUACAGAGAAGAAAUGAUGAAUUGGAGGAACAGUGUGUCCAACAUGGGAGACUACAUGAGAUAAUGAAGCAAAGGCUCAAGCAGCUGGACAAGCACAGCCAGGCCACAGCCCAGCAGCUGGUACAGCUCCUCAACAAGCAGAAUGAGCUCCUGCUGGAGAGACAGAGCCUGUCGGAGGAAGUGGGCCGUCUGAGAUCCCAGAAUGAACAUUUCCUCUGAGUGAUUUUUCCCACUCAGCCCACCAGAUCCCUAAGCUGUCCCCACCACACCCCUGUGACGGUUCACCAGGAAUAGGUGGGGACGCUGCUCAUAGUCUGAACCACACACCACAUGCUGCAGUCACCUGGGAUGCUCGUAAACAAUAAAUACAAGGAAGCUGAUUCCAGGGCCUCUCCUCACAUGCACCAAGGCAGCAUCUCGGGGUUCACAGCAUCUGCAGUUCACGGCAGGGGCUGUGGCUUGGAGCACUGCCCACAGAGCCCAAGACUUCUUUUUGACUUGUUCUCCAGUUAAGAAUGACUAAAAACAACGGCCUUAUGAAUCCUUGCCUCCCUCUGGUUGGGGUAGGAGGCAGAAGGACGUGUAUAAAUGCCUUUUAAAACAUGAACUGGCUGUGCCGGUCCCUGUGGAGACACAGAGACCUCUGGCACCAGCCUCGUCCCUCCGCUGCCUCCCGGGAGGCAGACCCCAGGGGAGGACCCACCCGUGGCAGUGGUGGCGGGGGUGGCCUCGAGGGUGGGAACUUCAGGCAAGGCCCAGCAGCUGGGAGCGAGCUCAGGGGUCUGUGACCCACCACCUACUGUCUAACAUCUGGCCAGGAAGGGGGCACCAGAUAGUGAGGAAAGUAGUCUUGUCUUGGGAAGAAUGGAAACUCCACCAAUAGAGGAUUAUCUGCUACAUCAAGGUGAUCUUACGGGCUUAUGCAUGGAUUCGGUGAUGAAUGUGGUACCAGGACAUGUGUUCUGGUAGCCACUCACCCAACUAACAGGCUGUCUGGUUCCCUCAGAAUUCAGCCUAGGAGGGAUUCCUUUUUAGACCCUUUGGAUGUUACAGCUUAGAAAACAGCCUCUGAAACUGACUUAUCAGUGAUUAAUCAGUUGGCCCUAUGACAUUUGAGCAUUCUUGGCAAUGAAUUUACUUUCUAAUUUGAUUUAAACUUCUGCAUGGAUCCAGCAGCCAUGUGUGAUUAUAUUAAAGAUGGGAGACAUUACCCCAUUAAACCAAAGGCCCCACGGAGGAGGUGAAAGCAAGCACAAGAAACAGACCCAGAAAUGAGGUGGGGGCAGGCCUGUUUGUGGCCUGAAGCGAGUGGAUGUGAGCCGGAGUGAGGGCCAGCUGGGGAGCCGUGCGGGCAGGGGACCGAGGGCGAGGGCCACCCUCGCUGGGACCUGAGGUGUGCAUGGGUCACGGUGGUCCUUCCCAGCCCUGGGGGCUUGGCCCAGCUGACGGGGGAGCCUCCAUGAAGUUAGCUACCUGCAAGACAGAUGGUGCUUGAAUAGAACAGCAUAUACACUGAAUAAAGUAAAUUAAAAAGCCUCCUCCUGAGCGAGGAUUUUUUGGAAAGAAUUCUAAAUAGAUGAAAACAAACAAUUUGAUUUCAACCAAAUUGUUGUUUUUUUGUUUUUAUCCUGAUUUUCACCCGAAUUGUCAGUCUCAAAAAUAAACACUGAUACAUUCCCAGAAAAUAUUUUUCAAAUAAAAACUGACUCUGUUAAAGUUUGCCCUGAUUCUUUCAAAACUGUGUACAAGACACUGUCAACCAAAGUGACUUGCAUAUUUUUUUAAAUAAACUUGAACAUAUGCAGCUAAAAUGUCAUUAACUCCCUGCUGCCUGAGUGUUUGUAAAGAAUGACAUAAGACCCCUGGUGCUGCUUGUCUAACAUAAGGAUCAUACGGCUCUCAGAGAAACUUCCCCAAGCAACUCAAAUAGUAUAGUUUAACUUUUUUUUUUUAAACUAGUGGCCCGGCCCUGUGUGGAAUUAAUAUUGAAACAUACAUACAGCUUCAUUUAAGCCAAACUCGCUCUUCCUUAACAGUUCACUUUGUCCAAGAGUGAAUAAUUUCAGAAUAAGACUCAUGGAAGAAAAAUAAAUUGAAUUUUAUAUCACUUCAGAGACAUUUGCUCCUCUUAUUGCUUCCCGAGUCAGACAUUACAUUUUGCAAUAUAAAUUCACAAUCAAGAUUUUAAAGGGAGCUAAAUAUUUUAAUCCAAUUAGACAAGUGAACAAAACACUGAAUAUUACAUGUAGUGCAGAUAAGUGGUUCUUGCCUUUAAAAGACUGUAAUUCCGUCACAUUACAACCCCAAAUGUCAAUGUUGUCUUUAUUUUUAACGCUUUCAAACAUGAGGCAGCCAGAGGCUCCACUCUCUGCUGUUGGUGACACUGUCUGUCCUUUGGGAAUUCGUAAAAUCUAUUUACCAUGGAAACAUGGUUCAUAUAAAACGCAGACACCUGCCCAUGUGCAGAGGACAUUCCAUGACUUAAGGGAGUCAAGAACACUGGAAGGUGACACACUCAGGACGCCACAACUUGUGGGAGGCCUCUUGUGUCUGAGUGUGCUCUGGGGAGCAGAGCCUGGGGCCGAGCCUGGCACGCGUCCUCUACACCAGACCCUGUCCGUGCACAGGGCUCCUGCCCCUGUGUCCCGAGGCCCAAGUGCAACUUGAGAUGCUGCUGCCCAGAGCUGAGGAAUCGUGUCCCCACCUCCUUCCCGUGGGGAGGCUCUCCUGCCUCUCCCUUUCCAUUCUCUGGCUUCUGCAGUGUUUGUCUUCUUGGGGCCCAGAGGCAGAACCAGGCAGGCCCCAGAGUCCAGGGCUGUGGGCUUUGCCCUCAACUGCGUGGUGUCACUGUCAGAGGCCCAGCCGGCCAGCCAGCAGGGAAGAAUGAAUGGUGGGGCCUUCCGGUGACCCUGCCGUGAACUCCUACCUCUGCUCUGUAGCUGGUGACAGCCAGAAGGAUUCUGUGAAGGGCUGCACCAGAGCUGGGUGGGGCGCUGGAGCUGGGGAAACACAGGACUCUGUACUGCAUGCCCUGUGGCUUGGUGGAGCAAUGACUGC